AUGGCGGCAAAGCUAGAAGACUCGAGCUCCGAGCUCUACGAACGCUGCACAACUGCUGCCCUCAGCUCACCAGAAGGACGCGCCAAAAUCUUCGGACAGGAUGAAUUGCUCAAGAUGGGAGUGGUGGAUAGUGCACAAGCGUUGUUGGAGCUGUUGCAAGGCUUGAUGGAUGCACAGUUGGUGCGCUUGAUGCAGAUGGAUGGAAAGAUCUGCUAUGCGCUGCGCACAAAGGAUGAUGCCACAAAAAUCGUCACCCUUAACGAUGAUGAACGCAUGGUCUACAAUCAAAUCGAAAACAGCGGUACCAACGGCACCUGGACAAAGACGAUCAAGCAACGCACAAACAUCCACCAAACCACCGUCACCAAAGCCAUGAAGACUCUCGAGAGCAAGAAACUCGUCAAACCCGUCAAGUCCAUCAAGAACCCCGCCCAGAAGAUUUACAUGCUCUAUCACCUGAGUCCAAACGAAGAUGUCACCGGAGGCCCUUGGUUCAGCGACGGCGAACUCGAUCGUGAAGUUACCCCCGAAGCCGACGGCCUGUCCAAAAAGAGAAAGAGAAACGACACUGCAGACAUCGAAGGCUCGCAUCCAAAGUCACGCAGAGCAGGCGGCUACGAAACACAAAUCUCCUACCCGGCAGGCUGGCGUGGCUAUCCUACAGUCUCUGCCAUUCAUCACUUCAUCACCGAAGCAGGAUUCCUGAAAGACAGUUCUGCACUUGCCGAAUCAGAUCUUCAGAAUUUGCUCGACGUGCUGGUCUUUGAUGAACGUAUCGAAAGAAUAGGAAAUGGAUACAGGACUUGCAAGGGUGUGUUUGGAGCAACAGAGGCCAUGAAGAAUAUCAUGCAAGGAAGACAGGUGGGAGAUGCUGUUGAAGAGGUGGAGGGCAAUGGGCUGAGUCAGGCUCCUUGUGGAAGGUGUCCUGUCUUUAACCUCUGUGAAGAUGGUGGACCCGUCAAUGCGAAGAACUGCGAGUAUUUCCAGACCUGGUUGAGAGCUUGA